AUGGUGCACGAGCACGAGGAUCUGGUCGUCGAUCGCGACGACCUGGUCGCUGGCGAGACCGAUCGUAGUGAGACAGAGUCCAAGGACGAUGCCGCCCUGCUGCGGACGAUGGGAUAUAAGCCGGUACUGCACCGGACAUACUCGCUCUUUGAGAACUUUGCCACGACAUUCGCGGCCCUCUACUUCGUCGGCGGAGUGCGCGUCACCUUCAGCACUGGUGUCGCCGCCGGUGGAAACCUGGCCUAUUGGACCAGCUAUCUGGUCACCAUGGUCUUCACCUUCAUCACCGCCGCUGUCAUCGCAGAGGUCUGCUCGGCCUCCCCGUCAGCCGGCUCCAUCUAUCUGUGGGCUGCCGAGGCCGGUGGUCCUCGAUACGGCCGGCUGCUCGGCUUCAUCGUCGCGUGGUGGAGUACCACCGCCUGGACGACCUUCUGCGCCAGCAACACCCAGUCCGCGGUGAACUACAUGCUUGCCGAACUGACUGUCUUCAAUGUGGACUUUCCCAAAGACACCGACGACGUCAAGUUCCGCGCUGUUCAGUGGAUCUGCACUGAGAUCCUGCUGGCCCUCGCCGCUUUUCUCAACUUUAUGCCGCCGCGGUUCUUCAAGGCUGUUUUCUGGCUCUCGGCCAGCGUGGUCAUGUUAGAUUUCUUCCUGAACCUCAUUUGGUUGCCCAUCGGUACGUCCCAGACCUGGGGCUUCCGCACGACCCACGAGGCUUUCAUGACUACCUACAAUGGAACCGGUGCUCCGGAUGGCUGGAAUUGGUGUCUUUCGUACCUGGCUACUGCCGGUAUUCUGAUCGGAUUUGAUGCGUCUGGUCAUGUUGCCGAAGAGACCAAGAACGCUUCGAUGACGGCCGCCCGUGGUAUUUUCUGGAGUACCGUCGCUAGUGGAUUCGGCGGGCUUGCGACGAUCAUCCUGUUCCUGUUCUGUGCGCCCGAUACUGAGACGCUGAUGAGCUUCGGCUCCCCUCAGCCAUUCGUCAUGCUCUAUGAAGCUGUCCUUGGUCGGGGCGGUCACGUCUUUAUGAACGUCAUCUGUGUCGUUGCUCUAUGGCUGAACACCGCGAUUGCAAUAAUCGCCGCCUCACGUCUCGUCUUUGCGGUCGCCCGUGACGGUGUCCUCCCAUUCUCUGGCUGGGUCUCCCAAGUACACAACGGUCAGCCCCGGAACGCCGUCAUCGUCGUCUGGGGUGUUGCCGCCCUCGUGACAUGCACCAUUCUCCCCUCAAACGUUGCUUUCACGUCCCUGGUCUCUGCCGCCGGUGUUCCGAGCGCGGCCGCCUACGGCCUUAUCUGUCUGGGCCGACUGCUCUGCACUCCGAAGCGAUUCCCCAAGCCUGCUUGGAGUCUGGGUCGUUGGAGCAAGCCGUUCCAGUUCAUCGGUGUGUUCUGGAAUGGAUGGGUAGUUGCUGUUCUGUUCUCCCCCUAUGCCUGGCCUGUCACUGGCGCGAACCUGAACUACGCCCCCAUCAUCAUGUCUGGUGUCACCAUCUUUGCGCUGAUCUCCUACUUUGCCAUGCCGGAGAGCGCCUGGCUUCCCAGCAACCGCAUCUCGCACUUUAUUGACAGCAAGGGUGCUGUCGAGACGGUGGAGGAGGUCGAGCCUUCGACACAGGAUGAGCCGAAUGUUGUGAAGCGUCGAUGA